GGCAAUAUAGAAGAAGCAUAAUGCAACAAGAGAUGCAUUUGUGUAAGCGCAUCUUUGUUCUAUUUCUAUUAAAGAUACAAUUUGCUUGUUAGCCGAGAGAAUGAGCAAGUGUCCUCGUUGCAACUGCGAAGCAACUGGACAGAAUCGCCUGGUCACUGACAGCUGCGGCCACAGUAAAUGCCGUCUGUGUUUGCUGGCAGAUGUAUCCGAUUGUUCUGAGUGCAAGAUAACAAGGGAUAUACCAGAAGCAGGUCCUCCGGAGCAGCCAGUGACCAUAGUGAAAGCGAUAGCGCACACCACCGCUAACCAUAUAGUCAGCACCACACAGGGCUACCAUUGCACCGUGUGCAACAAGUCCUUUCGCAGUCGCACACAACAAUAUUAUCAUCGCGCCUGCGGUAAUGAGCAGCUCAAGAAGUUCCACUGUACGCAAUGUCCACGCCGCUUUGCCACACGCUCGCAUCUGAAGUACCACCAGAACAGCCAUGGCAAUUCCAGCUACAGCUGCUCUAUUUGCAACAAAUCCUUUAAGCAGCAGUUUCUUUUGCAGCGCCACAUGCGCGCCCACAAUUUGCCUGCAUUUAGUUGCCAAAAUUGCCCAAGAUUAUUCCGCAGCCAAAGUGCACUGACGGCGCACGCAGCGUUGCACAGUGGCGACAGCUUGCCCCACAAAUGUGCUACCUGCUGUAAGCACUAUCUAACCAAGGCCAACCUUAAGCAGCACCAGCUGAAACAUGAUCAAAACACCGCACGGCACAGCUGUAGCGUGUGUAAUAAAUCUUUCCUGCGCCCGUCCACGCUCCGACUGCAUCAGAAACGUCACAGCAAGCGUCCACGCCGUGCCUGUUCCCAGUGCAACAAGACUUUCAAUGAUGCGGAUACAUUGACGCGGCACAUCAAGCAGCACACGGCCAUGCAGCAGUACCGUUGCAUGCAAUGCGAGGUCACCGUCAAUCGGCGGGACAAUAUGCUGCGGCAUCUACGCUCCAUGCAUCCGGGCGUACAGUUUGAGGCAGGUGUUCAAGUUAUAGACGCUGAGCCAAGCGAUCCGGUCACGUCAGCCCCAGCAGAGACAUCUGUGCAAAAUCUGCGCUACAACAGCGUCAUCAAGAGCGUAGGAAAUGUAGAGCCAGUUAUGGUGCCCGUAUCUCAGCCCGAGCUGGAGCCGGAAAAGCCACCGCCUGCUGCAGUGCCGAUGCAAGACAAAACGCAAAAAGAGAAUGUCAAACUUUAUCGCAAAAUCAUAUUAGAUUUGGACAACGAGGAGUACUCCAAUGAGCUGAGCAACGGUCUGGACAUGGACGAAACGGAGACAGUGGCUAAUGAGCAGCAAGUGACGCAUCACACCCAGCCGCAACAUCAACGCGUGGCUGGGCAGGGCAGCUCCAACUUCAGGCAUUGGCGCAAGAACUUCAAGUACUCCUACGAAAACGAGCAUACCAAUUAAAUAGUAUUAGUAAACAGUUUAAGGCCCAUUUAGACCCCAAACAAGAUGUCAAAUGCCUUAUUGACAUAAAGCAUGCGAAAAGCAUUUUACAACGAGA